AUGUGGAAUGUCACACCAAUUCAAUGUGAUCAUUGUUUAAUAUGUUCAUCUAAUACACGAGAACCUUAUCGUACAAUAACAUUAAUAUUAUUACGUAUUUAUCCGAUAUUAUUUAUAUUUAUUGGUACUGUUGGUAAUUUAUUAUCUGUAUAUGUUGUACUUCGUUCUAAACUUCGACGUCACUCAACAUUUAUUUAUUUAGCUUUUUUAUCUAUUGUUGAUCUUAUUGUUUUAUAUACAUUUUGUCUUAAUUUUAUAUUUCAUGCUUGGUUUAAUAUUGAUUUACAACAAGUAUCAUUAAUAGCAUGUAAAAUAUUUUCGUUUUCAAUUUAUUUUUUUCCACAAACAAGUGCAUGGAUAUUAACAGCUGUAUCAAUUGAUCGUGUAUUUGCUUUAACACGUGGUAUACGAAAAACACGUAAAAUACGUUUAACAUAUUUUAUGUUAGGAAUAAUAUUUCUUAUACUUUUUCUUCUUAAUGUACAAUUUUUAUUUUAUGAUAAUAGUUAUAAAUUUCCACAAGAAAUAAAUAAUAGUUCAACAACAAAUAUUAUAUAUCGAAUUGUUGAUACUGAUAUGGAUAUUAAUGUUGUUCAUUGUUCAUCAGAAAAUAGUGAUGAAUAUAAAAACUUUUAUGAAAAUAUUUGGGUUUAUGUUGAUGCUAUAGUUAAUGUUUAUUUACCGUUUACCCUAAUGUUUCUAUGUUCAACACUUAUAUUUAUUAAUGUUCUACGAACAAUGAAUAAUGCAAAUAACUCAAAUAAACGUUUAGUAGCAAGAAGUUUAAGCACAAUGCUUCUAUCAAUUAAUACAAUGUUUGUUUUAUUAACUGGUCCUAUUGUUUUAUAUUUAAUGUUUGAAAAACGAACAUUCUCUUCUGAAACUUAUCAAUGUAAUAUUAAGGUUAAAGCCAAAAAUAAAAUGAUUAAAUUACUUUUUAUUAUUUUAAUGAAUGCUAAUCAUACAGGUAAUAUACUCGUUUAUUGUUUAACUGGUACAGAAUUUCGUACACAAUUAUUCUAUGUUAUUGGUAAACAUAAGCAGUUACAACUAAAAAAUUCUUCGAAACAAGCAACACUAACGUUAAAUAAAGAUAGUGUAUCUCAAACAUCAAGUCGAAAACUAUAUUAUUGUACUUUAACACCGAGAACAAAACUUAUUAAAAUGGAUGAAAAUAUUGAUGAUGAUCAAUUCGUACAGAGAUGUUUAACAAGAGAUGAUAGAAAUAAUAUUAUUUUAAAAACCAAACAACAAAUACAAUCAAAAACUGCUGCACAUGUUUAA